AUGGAUAAUUACACCUACAAUGCCUUUGGUGAAUUUCUAACCACUAUUGCUUCUUUCGAUGACGACACAUCUCGAUGGGGUGCCGUUACCUCACGGAACACCAACGCUGAUGGCUUAUUCGUCUACGCAGUGCGCACUACAAAGAUAUUCUGUCGACCUAUCUGCAAAGCCCGACUUCCCCGUCGUGCAAAUGUUUCCUUCUUCUCCAACGGUCAUGAGGCUCAGCAGGCUGGUUUCCGUGCCUGUAAACGCUGCAAGCCUGAGGUAGCAGGGGCCAUGCCUCAAGAGGCUGCUGUACGAAAGAUCCGAGCUUUUGUGCAACAGCAUGCAGAGAAACAGGAUGAUACCCAAGUCCGAUUAAGUUUGAGUCAGAUGGCGAGGCAAACUGGACUAUCCAAGUGGCAUUUCCAUCGAGUGUUUAAGAAAUGUGUUGGUGUGACGCCGACCGAAUACCUGCGGGUAAAACGACAGGGGCUUGGCCUCCAGAAUUUGUUGCAAACAGCGGAAACAAGUUCGGUUGACAAGUUCGACUUUGAAACUCUAAGCCAAGACUAUGACACACGAACUUGGGACGAAUCUGUUGCUUGUUCAGGGUAUGCGACCACAGAAACACCAUCAACAACACUUAGCGAUAGCCCUUGGUCCAUUGAUGAAUUCUUGAUAUGGCCAGAAAAAGAUCAAUUGCCAAUUACGCGAGACGCCUCCCUGACUUGA